CGCCGUUCCUGGGACGCUGAAGCUUCCGAAGAAGAGAAAAAGGCGACAGAAGCUCUUAUGUCUCGUAUUCAUCAGCUCCAAAAUACUCGAGGCAAAGAACUAUCUGGUGUUCAAAUCACUGCCUACUUCCUUAGGAUUAGAGUGCAGCCUCUUCAGGCUCGCAAAAAUCCCCUUUGGACGUAUUCUGGUGAAAACGACGCCAACAGAAUCUCCAACGAUCUUUCUGUAAAGGACUUGGAGAAAUUGGUUCGAAGAGUUUCUCGACUAGCCAAGAAGGAUCCUAUUCCCUCCUCUUGUCGAGUAGAACCAUACAGUGCUUCCAAUCCUCUUCCCGAGGUAUUUUGUCUUCUCGAGUUUUUGUCUUGUUCUAAACUUUUCCUUGCAUCUCAUUGUAUUGGUAUCUCGCUAAUUUUCUUUUGUCGCUAUUUUCUUGCAGAACCAUCCUACUAUGGCUUCCCUUCCUCCUCUUCCUGAGGAUGGAGAAGUCGAAGAAAGGACCAUUGUCACGGAUGAUAAUCAGGAAGCUCCAUCUUUUGUGAACGAACCCGUGGAUUCUCGAAAAUCUGCGGGUCAUUCUGAAGAUACUUUAUCGGCACAAUCUCCUCCCCCCGCUGUCUCUCCAAGAGGCAAAAGGAAAAGGAACGAUGUCGAAGAUUCCGGCACUUCCAAAGCCGAAGAAAUUGAUCCUUCACGUCAGAAGGCAGCUUAUGAUCCUUAUCUUGGAUCCUUCGUCAGCUCGUAAGUCCUUUUUACUUUUCUUCUUAUUUCUGUACUCGAAAUGUUUAUCUUGUCUUGAUUUUAAGCUGUCGAUUUUUAACCAACAGUGAUGACGAGGAAGAAGUACCAAGUGUUGACGUGGCUCCUCGAACAAGCACGUCACAUACUGUACUUGCCUCAGACACGCUAGUUGAAGGAGAAGAAUCCUCGCCUCCUCAACAAAACGUCGUCACCACAACUCCGCCAGGAAGCCCCCUUGCUCCUUCACCAAAAAGGACAAGGGUUGAAAAGAUUGUUGAGCCUGCCCCUCAAUUGGGCAGUUCGUCGACUCUGCUCUUGGAUGAUGUAAGUUUGUUGAUAUCUGUGUUUCCCCUAUGUUGCUUUUUUUACGUCUUCACUCUCUUUUUCAUGUCGGUGCUUCUUUUCCUGCGUUCUUCUUUAAUAGCCCAUGAUCAAAGAGCUUCUCCGCAUUGGGUCCCAAUUUAUUGGGUACCGUGAGUAUGCUAGCAGAGCCGAAGGUAACAACUUUUAUACUUGCCGUUUUUCCUUGACUUUUUGCUCCUGUUGCUUGUCGCGAUUUUUGAUCUUUCCUCUCUCUCUUUUUUAUAUCUCGACAGAGAAACUUGCAGAGGCCACCAAACGUGCCGACGCGCUUGCUCAAAAACUUGAGCAAAGUGAGGCGGCUCGUAAGAAAGCCGAGCUUGUUGCUAGUGAAGCCAAAGCCGAGGCUGAUGACGCUAGAGCAAAGGCUGCUAGUGUCGAGGGAUUGCAGAAAAAACUUGAGGAUGCUGUAACUGCCUUAGACGAGCACAAAGCUGCACAAGCUUCUCGUGAACAAGGAAUCCUCAAACGUCUGAAAUCCCAAAGUCGACGCACUUUCAACCAAACAAACCAGGAAUUUGAUCUGUCGAAUCCUGUCGACGACCCUCUCAUUGAUGCACUUUCCUAUCUGGAGCUGCAUGGGUCCGAAAUUCGUGAAGGCGUGGCCAAUGCUAAUGCAGGAUUGUCGGCGUUGUUCCCCUACUUCUUCCCGAAGAAAGAGGAGCCCUCGACUUUCCUUAAUCUCGCCAAGAUGUUCAAUUCAUCAGAAGACCUUGGACUGAAGAUGCGCCAAGAAAAUAUGAAAAUUGCUGUCGAAAGCACUGUCGCUUUGGUUGCUGACAGUCAACAGGCUGUUGAUUGGACGAAAGUUGGCGACACCGAGCAGAUAGAGCAAUCAAGAUGGAGGUCGUUGAUUAAGGCAGCCAAGCCCAACACGAAGAAGAUCUUGGCCUAUCUCGGGAUCAAACCAGCGUCGACUCCUAGCUCAUCAAGGCCGGAGGUCUAGUUGCAUGCCUCUUUAUUUUUCUUUCUAUGUUUCUUUUGCUCUUGUCGCCAAAGUAGUCAUUUGGCGACACGUACUUCCUUAGCUCCACUGUAAUGCCUUUGUAAUUAUUCCGAGAGAUCAAUGAAAACU